UUACAAGAGACUUUGGUGAGCAUGGAAGAAAAAAUGAGCUCUGAGAAUUCCCCAUUCCUUUCUUCAUGGGACUGGAAGAGCAAUGCAGGAACUAUGGUACUGAGACAGUGCCCAUCUCCUCAGAGUCUGUCUCCAUCUCCUUCCUUUGAAUCUUUCUCAUCCUCUCCUUGUCCGGUUGUUGUGGAGGUGCCCUGUGCCAGCAGCAGCAGCAGCAGGAGUGACAGCAGCAAUAGCUUGAUGGGCUAUACCCUGGUGGAGUUUCCUGCCAUCUAUCUACCAAACCCUGGACAGGGCAAGGGCCAGAAGGGUCCCAAAGUCAGGAUGUCUGCCCAGCGCAGAAGAAAAGCCAGCGAAAGAGAGAAGCUGCGAAUGAGGGCCCUGGCUGAAGCACUGCACACUCUGCGCGACUAUCUGCCUCCUAUCUACAGCCAAAGAGGGCAGCCUCUCACCAAGAUACAGACGCUGAAAUACACCAUCAAGUAUAUCGGUGAGCUCACAGAUCUGCUGAACAGUGUCAAACAGGCACAGAUGCCCUGA